AGGAUGGAUCAUGACGCUGAUGGGUUGCAACUUCUUCACGUUUUUUAAGUGACACUUGACGAGGUUUUGGAGACCUGAGGGCUUUGUAUAGAGAGAUUCAUGAAUUAUGUUAGAAUAAAGUGGAGACAAAAGAAAUAGAUUCAGGACAAGACACGAGACUCCAAAAAAUCGAGAAAUUUCCAUUUUUCGUGUUAGUUCUGGUGAGACUAAUGUUUCAAUCGAACCCAGUGGAUUCUAGAUUAUGAUAGAUUUGUCAGUGUUCGAUCCAAAUGAUAUUCCCUCAAACAAUAUUCAUUCAAAGUGUACUGAUCACUUAAGAUAACACCAUAAUUUCAUUAUACCGAAAAUGAGGUCAAACAGUUUUUGUCGAAUCAUCAAUUGCCUUCUCAAAUUCAUUUCUUCCAAAUAGAAUUUCCAUCAAUUACUUACCCCGACUCCUUUUCUUAGUAUUUCAAAUUAAGGUAUGAUACUGGGAGGUAUUGCCAAGCUUUGAUGUCGCCGACACCAAAUUUUGGGAUUUGAGACUUUGAAGUUUGAAAUGGAAGGAAUUAUUCAGCAUAAGAUCUUGGAGGUGGCGAAACAGGUGGAGCGUCAAUUAGAUGGAGAGAUUGAAGCUCUGGAGAACCUGGAUAUUGAUGAUAUUGAAAAGCUGAGGGAGAAGAGGUUACAGGAGAUGAAGAAAGUAUAUCAGCAGAAACAGGCGUGGUUGGCUGCUAGACACGGAGAGUACUCUGAAAUUCCUGAUGAGAAGGACUUCUUUGAUAUUUCGAAAAGAUCGAAGAAUAUUGUCUGUUUAUUUUACAAGGAUGGAUCUCCAAGAUGUAAAAUUGCAGAUCAUCACCUACAGAUUCUUGCUAAAAAACAUGCGGAGGCGAGGUUUUGUAAAUUGAAUGUCGAGAGGUGUCCAUUUUUGACAGGGCGUUUGAGGAUCAAAAUAAUUCCCACGAUAGCCCUCAUAUCAGACAGCAAGACAAAAGACUAGAUCGUAGGCUUCACGGAUCUCGGAAAUUGCGACGAUUUUUCCACAGAGAUGAUGGAGUGGAGAAUAGCCCAGUCUGGUGCAAUAUCAUACACUGGUGACAUGUUGAAUCCACCAGAAAAGGGAAAGAAGCCGUCUAUUUACUCUCUAAACAAGAAAUCAAAAACAAUUCGAGGCAGAACUCAUUCUGACGACAGUGGUUCUGAUAACGAAUGAUUUAUUCUCAUUCGAUCGAAUUUUCCUAGUUAUUCGCAUACCUUUUUGUAUUAUUAUUAUUUGUUUACGUCACGCACACUGAUAAAUAAUAAAUUACGAAUUGAAUCAAUCUGAU